AUGACAACCACAACGGCACAACACUACCACAUCUUCGGCCAGGGAAUAUCCCAAAGUCUCUCACCCACAAUUCACAAUGCCGCCUUCGCGCACUACGGCCUGCCACACCGAUACGAUAUCAAAGAAUGCAACAGUCUCCAAGACGUCAAGUCCAUAAUCGAUGACCUAGCCUUUGGCGGCUCCAGCGUGACAAUGCCCCACAAGCUGAGCGCCGGGGAGUUCUGUACCCAGGUCGCUGAUUCUGCUACUCGCCUUGGGGCAAUCAAUACCCUCAUUGCUCGGUGCAUUGACACUGGAGAUGGAACAUCGAAACGUGAGAUUCACGGAGAUAACACGGAUUGGUCGGGUCUUUAUUCCCUGAUCAAGGAACAUGCCGCUGGGGAGGCUAAGCAAGUUGGACUGGUCAUUGGGGCUGGAGGCGCAGCGAGAGCAGGUGUUUAUGCAAUGGCUCAAGCUGGAAUUGAGCGGAUUUACGUUGGGAAUCGGACGCUGGCUAAGGCGGAGCAAAUUGCGCGGGAUUUUGAGGAUCUAUGCCCGGUUAUACCGGUUAAGUUUCCAUCGGCGCUGCCAGAAGCUCCGGAUGUUAUUAUUGGGACUGUUCCCGGGGACGCUAUGCCGCAGGAGUCGUUCAAGGGCUUGUUUGGAAACGAGAGGGGUCUCUGCAUUGAGAUGGCAUAUAAGCCAAGAGUGACCAACCUGCUGGCUGUAGCGAAGGAGAACCCCAGAUGGAUUACGGCGGAUGGGGUAGAGGUACUUCUUCGACAGGGGUUUGAGCAGUUUCGCUUGUGGACCGGGUUGGAUGCACCGGAGGCCGUUAUGAGGAAUGCUGUGGAGGCUGCUACAGGAAGCAAGGCGGGCGUGACCUCGUCAUUGUAA